AUGAAGUUACCCACCAUUCUGACUAUCCUGCUCAUCUUGGGUGUUGUUAACGGUGAUGCCCACCUGGCUGGUACGGGGAAGAUCGACUCCGACAUCAUGAUGGAUAUGCAGGCCGAUAAUGGCGGUCAUGUGUCCGAGUUUGACCUCGAACAAAACUCGCCUAAUAACCUUGAAGAUUCAGGUACCUGUAAGUUCUGUGGCUACUGCAAGGAACAAGGCUUUUUUCCGCCCUACUGCUGGCCUACUCUGGCCAUCUGCGACAUAGUCUUCGGCUGUCCAACGAGCCGGAAGUACUUUAUGCUUCAUGUUCUGACAUAA